ACGGCAUCGCCUGCAGGUCUAUGGCAAGCCACAACACAGCGCAUCAUCUGAUUUGCGUUUGCGCGUCUGACAGGGAUGGGGUUCUUAGUCGGCCUGAUAGCGCCUAGCCCAUCCAUCUGCUAAUGCGUCUAUGCGCCCUCUUUCUCAGCUAAGACCCCGGUCAUCACGCCUCCUAAUUUUAAGUCCUCAAUCCAGAAGCGGGGUCGAGGGCAAGUGAUGCCUCGAAAGUCCAACAUGCGGUGAAGAGACUCGCUCCGUUUAUCUUGAGCUCUCAUCGCGACAUCUUCGUCGACUUUCCAAGCUUCCUCAAUCAAUCUCUGCCCAUCAUGACGAGGCCUGACACUAUUCCCAUCUCUUUCACGGUCCAGGGGGUUACGAUCCCAGCCCUUGGUAUGAGCACAUUCCCCGGUGAUGCAACCAGUGAGAAGGUCAAGGAUGUCGUGUACAAGGGCCUGUUGUGCGGAUAUCGCCACAUCGACACAGCGGCUGCGUAUAUAACCGAGCAGGAGGUCGGAGAAGCGAUUGUAAUGAGUGACAUUCCGCGAGAAGAUAUCUUCGUGACUGCCAAGCUACCCCAAACGUGCCACGAUGCUAGCGAGGUCGAGGCUGCUCUUGAUCGCACCUUGAAGGCGCUCAAACUGGACUACGUGGACCUUUAUCUCAUGCACUUUCCGCAUGCCUACAUUAAAGGCCCUGAACAUCUGCCACGCCAAGAUUCCGAUGGAAAGCGCAUGGUUGAUUACUUUUUAUCCACGCGAUAUCCUUCAACCUGGCGUGCCAUGGAACAGCUUGUCGACAAGGGCAAAACGAGACUCAUUGGGGUCGGCAAUUUCAACAUUCUCAAACUCAGGAAGUUGCUUCGAACGGCCCGCAUCCGGCCCGCUGUCAACCAGGUCGAACUCCAUCCGUGAGUGACUCCGAGGAAACGAGCGUAUGGUCCCUAGUUGAUUACUUGACAGCUAUCUACCACAGACCAAUCUGCUAGAGUUUUGCAGAAUGGAGGGAGUUCAUGUCAUGGCUCAUCAGCCGCUCGGGGGCAAGCCUUUGUUGCUUGAUACAGCGCAUGAGCGUCAUAUGAGACCAUUGACAGACACGGAUGUGAGUCCUCGUGCUCUUCGUGCUGCUCAGCUCGAAUUACUCAACUCGAAUAGAUUUUCCAGCUGUCCCGAAAGAGAUUUCGGUCCCCGGCUCAGCUCAUCCUCUCCUGGAUUGUGCAGCAGAAUAUCUCUGUGGUGCCCAGGACCAGCCGGAUCACAC